CGUCUCCCACAGUCCAAGUGCGAUAGGUAGACUGUACUGAUUUACAUUUUCAGUGUAGGACUACACGUUGUAAGAGUGUCGUAAACGGAGAACGGUAAAGCAUUUCAAAACUGCAUAAAAAUAUUUUCAUGAGCAAAUUAUCGAUUCAGAAAUGUAGUGCAAUAUACAUUCCUCAUAUUUCCUCUAUUGUUGUUCAUUGACUCAGAUCAAUUGGAUCAUCUAUACUGACGUACAGGACAACUGACUCAACACCAAGAUGGCCGCCCUUCCCGCCUUCACGACACGUCUAGUACCGUCAGACGAUGACAUCCAAGAUCACGUGUUCCACUUCCGGUACAGUUGCGCCAAGGACAUGUAUGAGCGGGUGUCGUCUGCUACAACAAGGAGGAACACUGGAUGGCGCAACCUGACUUAUGGAGAGCCCCGGAUGUACCGUCACGAGGACCAAGAUGCUAUGUGCGCCUUUCUUGCACGUCAGGAGGACCAGGAAACCUCUUCCAUUGCAUGGAAGAUCGACCUGGAAGGAACCGGUGUCCAUGGCAAAAGUCUUGAACUUCGAGCUGUGAGUCACGCCACAGGAGAAGCCAAAGUCACCUGGAAGAUCGUCUGCGGUGACAAGUCACAGACAUUAGACGCUGCCGACUUGCUGUCAACGUUCACCGUGGACGUCCAGGGCUACAGCAGUAUCACGAUCAUUGCCGAGAUACACGGGGGCACGUGGAAGGACGCGCACCUGUUCAAGCAGUCAUUUGUUGAUACUGAUACAUACCCCUUUGAAGCCAAACUGCAUAUGAACUCCGCCUACACAAUGGUGUACCGUCUGACUACCCUCGAGAAAAAGAUGCAACUCUUCCAGCUCCGCUACUUUUGUGACCAAGACACCUAUCACCGGAAAUCGUCUGGUACGGACAUAAAGGGUCUGCUGAGUGGACUGUACCAGAGCGAGGGAGCACAGCGGGAGGUGGAUGAGGGGAUGGUGUACUGGGCCCGAGAGGAAGGUCGAAAUGAGGCGGUCUAUAGGUGGAAGAUUGAUCUAACAGACUCGGGGAUGUGUGUACAGAAGAUGGCUUUGAUGGCUAAAUGCAAGAAAUAUGGAGAUGGUCAAGUUGUUUGGAAAAUCUAUGCUGAUGACAAAUCUGUCACACACCAAGGUGAAUAUUUGUACAAAACCCGCUCCAUCAACAUGAAGAGAAGCCAGGUCAUAGUCCUGGAAGCCACAGUCAGCGGGGGUUCUGGCACCACGGCCUGGAGGCAGGCCCAGCUGUUCCGCCAGAAGGUCGGGGCCAAGGAACGUGUGUUUGACUGUAAGCUCUACUUGCUGAAGGACAAGGAAGACGAGGAGGAGUGAAAGUACAGCAGACACAACAUUGGAAAUAUUGUUUUCUUAUCUAUUUCCUGAUGCGCCAUAAUCUUCUGUCACGUGUGGACUCUCACAUGAUGUUCCUUGAACUAUUGGGCAGCCAGUAUUGAACCCUUCACAAACUGAUAACAAAUAGAAAAGUCUUGGCUUCUAGUGGAAAACUGCAUCUCACUGGGUGCCCUCACAAAGUUCCUGUUUCCAUGAGUUGCCCAGCUAUGAAUGAAAAUGUUAACCUGACAAUGACUUAGUUUGCUUUUACUGCAUUUUAAGUAAUAUUCCAGUAAUUUAAUGGCAAUUGACACCAAAAGUGGGCUUCAAAUGGUGUUCCCAUGCGAGGAAUGGAACCUAGACCUUUGCAAGACAAACAUAACUUUAACCACUAUCAGCUGACCAAUAGAUUACAUGUAUGUAGUUUCCAACACGGCCUUCAUGCUCUUACUUUGAAAACUGUAUCUACAAUGAGGUAUUGAAUGUAGGUUUACUUAACUCAAGUGAAAAAACUAUAAUACUUUAUGAAUAACAACUUCUUUAUUUUAUUAUGACAUUAAGUGAUAAACCUGUCCAAUUUGUGAAGGGUUCCAGGUGAACAAUCUGUGUCACAUUUUUCUUCAAUUUAUUGAUGCUAUAUCAUCGCACGUUUGGGAGCUGUAUGUCAUUCAUAGAUGGAAGGCAGAAGAAAAUCAGAACUUCAGUUAAAAAUAUCGGUUAAAAUCUACAAUUCACAUGAAUUGAAUGACUUGAAUAUCUAUCCUGCUUUUCAUCCCUUCGCUUGUGUAAUGUAUCAGCACCAGACCUAGUACUGACCACCCAGUAAUGCCCUGUUCAUGUGAAUGGAGCAGUGUAGCAAGUUUACUGCCCCUACAUGACCACACUGUCUGUAAACAACUGUAAACUGGAACAAACAGUUUACAAAAUGAAACCAAAGUCAAGAUUUAGGGGGUUCCAAGA